UGUUUUCUCACAGGUCCACGCUCAGAACAAUGAGGCUGGUCAUCCUUGUGUGCCAGCUUGGCCUCAUUCUGAGGACCGAGGCCCAGAUACCAGAUGCUUGCGUUCUUAGCGAUACAAACAGAGCUCCAGAAAACUCGGACAUAACUGUGUUGUGUGGCACUGAGUAUAUGGACCUGAGCAUCUAUCUUUGCCCGGUGUAUCAGGCUCUUUACAAUGAGUCUCUGAUGGUCCUCAAUAAUCAGUUAAACACACCUGAGUGUUACGGGGAUGCUGACUGGAGCGUGGACCCACCAGUCUUAAAAUUCAGAUUCCCCUUGAAUGAAAGCUCCAUCUCAUCCUGCAAUAAUAACUUCAAGAUAAUCAACCAAGUUGGGACUGGACAGUUUUCUGACUUCUCAAACGUCCAGUACGUUAACAUCUCUGGCACUAUUACCUCUGUAGACCCCUCUGCGGGUAUGAUCACCUAUCGCCCACAGAUCCUGUACAAGUUCUCCUGCUUCUACCCGAUGCAAUAUCUCCUGAACAACACUCAACUGGCCGUGUCAGGUGUGAGUCUUGCCAUAAGAGACAACAAUGGUAGCUUCAUCAGCACACUGAGUAUGCAGCUCUAUCAAGAUGACCAGUUCCAAGACAUACUUAAUAUCCCGCAAACAGGACUCAACUUGAAGACCAAGAUUUAUGUUGCAGUUACAGCUACCAAUCUAACAGAGAGGUUCAACGUGCUGCUGGUUAGAUGCUACGCAACAACAAGCCCAUAUCCCACUGUCAGCACCUAUUAUGACCUUUUUGUCGGGUGUCAACGUGAUGCACAAACUAAAGUGGAGCUCAAUGGGGAGUCUCAGAAGGCACACUUCUCCUUUGAGGCCUUCAGAUUUGUGGAGCAUAAAAAUCAGACGGUUUCCACUUUCUUCCUGCACUGCGUCACCAGGCUCUGUGAGGUGUCCUCGUGCAGCAGUUUAAAGCCUAACUGUGCAGUUUCACAAAAGAGGAGAAAGAGAGCACCCCAGGAACCAGACCUGGAUGACAGCGCCAACGUUACAGUCACCUCGCCUCCCAUUGUUGUGGGGCAACUCAGCAGUGGAGAUGCUCAAACUUUUUCAGCUCCUUACGGUACGUCAUCUGAGAGUGGCUACAGCAGCCCCGUGGUGGCUGUAAUUGUAUGCAUUGUCAUCCUAGCUAUUAUCCUCGUCGCCAUGGCUGUUUACUUUGCCUUGUACAUCAGACGGAGAAAACCAAUCGUCCAGUAAUACCCUCUGACUGAGAGUGGAGUUUCUUUACCUAUCUCCCAAACUGCCAGUUAAUUCAUCAUCUACAAAGCAUGGCCAUAAUGAUGCCGAGAUGGUACAACAAGAAACAAUAGUCACACACAGUGUCAUACUACUAUUUCCCAUAUCACACACAACAUUAUAACAAGGUGGUCAGCAGUAAUCUAGGCUUGAAACAUUAUAAUCAUUAUCAAUCACAUAGUUAAUUAAUGUGGAGAUAAAGGCACAGAAGCUGUACUAUAAUUGUGUA